AGCCGGCAUUGUCGGAGGUGGAGAAUGCGGGGUGGCCUCAGUUCACAAUAGACUGUAGUCUGCGGCGGAAUCCCCCGGCUUGGCCAAGGAGUGGCGGAGGCAGUAGAAAUGAAGAUCCGGUACGGAAUUUGGAAAGAAGGGUGUUCUGGUUAUUUCAGCUGUUAUUUACUAAUGACCGCAUUAGUGGGUCUGACACUGAAGUAGUUGCAGUCUUUCAACACCCAGUGAUGUUUGCCUCCAUGUCUUCUCCACUCCUUGUUAAGGAUACCAUUAAGGGAGCAAUGCCCACAGCAAAAAGGAGUUUCAGGCUUUCCAUGAUGUAGAAGAUGACCAGUCUUAUGCUUUGCUUGUUGCUACUGGUUGGGACCCCUCCAGGUGUAAAGGAGCCAGACACCGAAGACUUUCGACAGCAGCAAGAAAUGAAAGAGACUUUUUUACACAUUAUGAUGGUGCAGUUGAAUCAGGAGUUUGAUUACCGAAGUAGUGUUGAUAUCACAGAAGAUGCAGGUAAAACUGAUGGCUACAAGGCAACUGAGAGACAAGACAAAUGGGAAGUGUCCAUACUGUGGAGUUUUUUGUUGGGAAUGGUGCUUCUAACUGUGGAGUUCUGUCGGCAAGAUGUGUAUCAAAAUGGAAUGGACUUCCUUAGGAAUAACAGUAACACACUGGUAUGUGAAUGGGAUGAAGAGGACAUUGAACCCAGGUCUUUGUAUAGUCAACUGCUUUCACCUCAUCAACUGAAAGCCCUUGAAGAUUUCUACCAGACGCAAGUUCAGAUCAGACUUCCUCGAGUACACAGCAAGGACUGUGAAUUUGUGGAAGGCCUCGUAGAUAGUCUUCUGGACAUCAUCUAUGAUAUGCAUUGUGGGAUUGUUGUAGAGGAUUGUAUCGGAGUUGGCUGCAUGUUUGAGAAGUGGGGAGGUAUACGGUCAUCAUUUGUUUAUGAUGUUCUUGUUCCCCUGCAAUUCCCAGAUGAAUAUACAAUACACAUGGAAACAGAUGAUGAUUUCAGUAUACCGCCAUGUAAAAGGGGCUAUGGAACUAUUGCCUUGGUCCAAAAAUGCUCCUGCACAUGUAGCACCCGUGGCAUGGAGGGAAUGUUGUGCCUCAUUCACAGGAAACUGACACGACAACAGCAGAACAACAUUUCUUUACUGGAGUCUUUGCUCACUUCCACUGGUUACUUUGAUGCUGCCAUUGUCCUUCCCUGGUUUGGCACGAUGCUACAAAAGGCGUGGAGUAAAGUGUUUUAUAAGUAUGGAUUCAAAAUUUCCUUCUCUCCAUCCUCUCCUUGCAAGCUUAUGCUGGUUUACCCAUCAAAUCGGUCAUUUUCAAUCAAUAUUAUCCCUGCUGUGCAAUACAAAUAUUCUCAGGUAUACUAUGUGCCACUAAUACCCUCACCAGAAGUGCCCACUGACAUUUACUGGCUUCAAAACUUCAGUAUUUAUGAAGCUCAGUUUCUAAAGCUCGUCACAAAAUCCAUCCCUGGUAUUAGCUGCCACCUAAAAUGCCUUCAGACUCUGAUUUUCCUGAUGGAGUGUAGAUCUUUCCAAAAAGCUGAUGGAACCUUUCUGACCUCCUAUCAUCUUAAAACAGUGCUGCUACAUCUGCUGGUCUUCCAGCCUCCUGAGCUAUGGCAGGCAAACUAUUUUGCAGAAAGGUUGUGUGACAUAUUGAGCUUCUUGGGGCACAGCUUGGAUGAACGAUGGCUGUCGCACUUUGUGAUUGGCAAUAAGGUACCAAUCGACAACAUUCCAGAAGUGUUCUCACAAGCGGAGCCUCUAAACCUCUUCCGGCCUUUGGUUGCCAACAAAAACCUGUAUCUAAUUGCAAAAAAUGAAUAUUUGGAACUGCUGUCCCAUGUGAAUUCUAUAAGUGGAGAAGAAAAGAUCUGGAAAGACUAUGAGAGAUGAGAAAGAGAUUAAUAAUGAGGACUAAGACAUGGAAAGAGAAAAAAAUCAGUCUUGACUGACAUAGAAAGAAAGAAAGAAAGAAAGAAAGAAAGAAAGAAAGAAAGAAAGAAAGAAAGAAAGAAAGAAAGAAAGAAAGAAAGAAAGAAAGAAAGAAAGAAAGAAAGAAAUAGACAGAGACUGGCUGAUAUUAACAAAUAUGCUGUGAAUAUACCUUACGGCUAAUAAAAAAAACACUCACAAACAGCACUGAAACAAAACUUGAAGAAAAUACUUUUUUAAUAUUUUGUGAAUGCAGAACUAGCACACACAGUUGUUCUCAUUUCUUCCUUCUAUGGUACUUGGACAUGCUUAAUACUUUCACUUUCUGUAUCAGACUAGUUUUUAUGCAUUUUUUUAGUCCAUCAAAUUUACAUCCUUAAUGGACUAUGACUUGAAUGAUGGAAUGGUGGAUAACAUUAGCUCAGAAGGCUUUGUCAUUUGGUGCCAAUAAUUAUUAUUAUUCUUGGUAAUCACAGUCCCUUUUAGCCAUUGACACUACUGACAUUUUAGACAGUAAGAGGGCUCUUUCUCCUCCACCUCCUUUUUCUUUUCCCACUCUAAAGGAUAGAACAUGAUGUUGUACUGCAUUGCUGGUCUAUAAGUGUGUUUGGGAAGAAUAAGACUCUUCAGAAGACAAUUGCUAGCACUUUAAAGCUGCACC